AUGGCUGUCGUAUUGCCAUUCAUUCUUGUGGGUGCACCAAUUGGGUACUUUACUUGGACGGGCGUGUUUGAAACAGUUGACCGUCAAGUAAGCCAACUUAUCAGUCCCCAAACUCCAGAUUCUUCAGUUACAUCUCCGUCUGGUGUAGGAGCAGUGUGUGGCGUACUUGGUUCGAGUGUGGUUCUCACUAAGGUAUUGCUGGGGUCUAGCACGCGUCAUCGAUUGUUCUUUGGACCUCCUCCACCAAACACUUCUUUGAGAAUGGCCACCUUAUACAAAGGCUUUGAAUUUCUCUUGAGAAGUGCUGGUAUAUUUUAUGGUGCUGCUGCUGUAGGAGCAACCACUGGAAGAUUAGCUGUUUCUUUAAGAGACAAGAAGAUAAAAUAA